AUGUGUUCUCAACUAUGGCAUGAUGAAGAUGAUGAGAUGAGCGUUGUCGUCAAGAACCGAUCGGCAAUUACGAAUGGAUACGACUCGCCCGACAGACCUUUCUACGUUCGCGUCUUAAUCAAUAACAAAAACAGUCAAACUAGCAUAUGUGGAGGCAGCAUCAUCUCACCAGAAAUUGUGCUCAGUGCUGCCCAUUGCUUUUACAAUGGAGGCUCUGUGACAGUCGAAGUGGGUGACUUUACACAAUCUCGACCCAGACUUCAACGAAUCCGCGCCAAAUACAGAAUUCACGCGGGCUUCACUGGUCGCGAAGGUACGGAAACUUAUUUUCCGCAAGUCCUUCAGGAAGUUCAACUGAAGGAGAGAUCCUCAUGUCCCGCUCGGAUCUCUAGCAAGCAAAUCUGUCUAAAGGGCAGUUAUAAGGACAGUUGUGGGGGUGACUCGGGGGGACCUGCGUACCCUCUGAUCAGCAGUGGACCCAGAUGUCUCUAUGGAGUGGUGAGCUACGGAAGUGGGGAUUGUACUGGAUGGGGGGUGUACACUCGGGUUUCAGCAUACUCCGACUGGAUUGAACGGAACGCCUGA